AUGCAUUGCAUGAAGAACUCACCGAUCUUGCGGCGAGCGGUGAGAUUGCGUGCUGGCCCUGUGGAAUUCAAUUCCAAUCUCAGCAUUGUCUUGUAUGCCGAUCCCAAGCUCCGCGCGAGGAACAUCCGCAUCAGUUCCUUCGAUGAUAAGGUCAAGAAGCUUAUGCUGGACGUGACGUACAGGAGAGAUGGAGUAGGCUUGUCCGCUCCACAAGUAGGCGUCAAUGCCAGGCUCAUGGUCUUUAAUCCCGAGGGUGAAAGAGGCAAAGGCAAAGAGUACGUUUUCGUGAAUCCAAUGAUUGUCAAGUUUGGGAAAGAGCGAGAAGCUGAUACUCUAGAAGGAUGCCUACCUUUUUACGCUUGCGUCUUUGUUUCCAGAGACCGAUAUCGAUCCGAGUUGAAAGCUCAAGACAUCAACGGGAAGAAAUUUGGUACUGCCUUCAGGGGCUGGACUGCUGGAAUUUUCCGACAUGAGUAUGAUCACCUGGAGGGUGUCCUUUACAUCGACCAGAUGACUCCAAAAUCACUGAACUCAAAUGGACAAGAACUUUUGUGUUGCGUCAAUGGGGUGCUCUGGAAACGAAUCCGUAGCCACUCCAUGGAGUAUAGAAUGGGAAGUUUGAAAAACCUCCUCGUCAACAUGUAUGGAAAAUGUGGUGCUCUAGCCCGGAAGUUCUUGACGGGAGCGAGGAUUCCAAUGUUUUCUCCGGGACGAUCAUGCUCGCAGCAGAGUGGGCAGAAUGUGUCUGCGAGCUGGAGCUCGAGGCGUGGCAAUCGUCAACGCAAUGGAUUAGCUUCUCUCGAGCGCAGUGGCUGCAUUCUGGGAUAA